AUGACCACGCCACCGCCUCUCACCGGCAUCCGCGUGCUCGAGUUUGCCGGCCUAGCUCCAGGCCCCUUCGCCGGCCUCAUGCUCGCCGACUACGGCGCCACCGUCAUCCGCAUCGACCGGCCCACGCCCACCUCGCACGGCACGAGCACCCCGCCGCCACCGACCUCGGACCUCCUGACGCGGCGCAAGACGUCCAUCGCCGUGGACAUGAAAACGGCCGCAGGAGCCGCGCUGAUCAAAGCCCUCGCCGCGCGUGUCGACGUGCUCAUCGACCCCUUCCGGCCGGGCGUGCUGGAGCGGGCCGGCCUGUCGCCGCGCGAGGUGCUGCUGCCCGCGAACCCGCGGCUGGUCGUCGCGCGGCUGACGGGCUUCCGGCGCGACGGGCCGUACGCGCGCAUGGCGGGCCACGACAUCAACUACCUGGCCGUGAGCGGGGUGCUGGGGAUGCUAGGGCGCAAAGCACACAAGCCGUACGCGCCGGGGAACCUCGUGGCGGACUUUGCGGGGGGCGGGGCCAUGUGCGUCGUCGGAGUGUUGAUGGCGCUGGUGGAGCGGGCGCGCAGCGGGCGCGGCCAGCUCGUCGAGGCGAACAUGGUCGACGGCGCCGCGUACCUGGCUACGUUUCUGCGGCUGGGCACCAAGAGCGCGUGGUGGGGGCGGCCGCGGGGCGAGAAUCUGCUGGACGGCGGGUGUCCGUACUACGACGUGUACGCGACCAAAGACGGGCAGUACAUGGCGGUUGGGGCGUUGGAGGCGCAGUUCUUCAGCGCGCUGCUGGCCGGGCUGGGGAUAGACGCGGCGAGGCUGCCGUUCCCGCGCGACGACCGCCGCGCCUGGCCCUGGCUGCGCGUUGCCUUCACGGCCAAGUUCAAGAGCAAGACGCGCGCCGAGUGGGAGGCCGUGUUUGCGGGCUCGGACGCGUGCUGCACGCCGGUGCUGGGGCAGGCGGAGCUCGAAGCGGCGGGGUACGCGCAGCGGCCGGCGGUGGGGCUGCGGGGGUCGCCGGGAUGGGCGGUCGGCGACGAGGAGAAGAGUGAGGGCGAGGACGAGGUUGCAGACAAAGGGCAGGGCGUGGGAGUUGAGGGGGCCGGGUGGAGCGAGCGGGGGCUAGGGGCUGGAGAGGGCGGGGAGGAGAUGCUGGCGCGGUGGAUGGGGUGGUCGCGGGGGCGGCAGUACGGCGUCGAGGGGGGUGGGCUGGUGUUGCUGCAUAGGGCGAAGCUGUGA